UGACUGUGCAAACGUGCAUGUUAUUGACAGUUUCAAUGAUCCUUUCGUGACAAGCUGCCGUGUACGACCCAUUCGGCGUGACUGCAGUGUAAGAUGCAACUCAGUGACUACGCAAAGUCGCUGUCUGACCCCGAGCGUAGCAGGUACAUAAUCAAAAUGACCAAAUGCGGCGGCAAUGACCCGUUGGCGCUGUCCGACGACCACUUCACGAACGAUGUUGGUUUUUAUCCAAGUGUAGACCAUGCGGACAUCAGAGACUAUCUGGUUCAUGGGACGAGCUUCGUGACGCGGGAGCAGUUAAAGAGUUAUAAAUCCCUGGAGGCUCAUAAUUACGUCACCGGCGGUCUCGUGGAGCCACCAAGAGUGAAAGUUCGCGAUGGCAGCGUCAUCGUCGUUGGAAAGGUCCGCCACUCUCAGGCGUUCAAAGAUAAGCCGCUGCUCCCGUGGCUGUUGAUUAAGGCUGACGGAAAAGUUUUGUGCGCGCACUGUACGUGCAUGGCCGGCCUCGGCGAGGCGUGCUCACACGUUGGAGCAGUGCUAUUUUAUUGGGAGGCAGCUGUGACACGCAGGGAUGGUCGAUCGUGCACAGAUGGACAAAAUGCAUGGCUACCGCCUCAUCUCGUCAGUCUGGAAUGCCGACCGGUGGCAGAGAUGGACUUCGCGUCUUCCGCGAUGAAAAAACGCCGCCUGGACGACACUGAGGCUGGCCCCCGCGACCCACCAAGUGUUAAAAUGCCCAAGCCCAGAGAGGACGAGAUGUUAAAGUUUUACUCGUCAUUGAGUAAAUCUGAGGGCAGGCCAGCACUUCUCUCGCUUACCCAAAAAUUUGCUGACCGCUACAUUCUCUUGGGCUUGAAGUAUCCCAAGCUGCUCCUCUGCAAUCUGCGAAGGAAGCAGUGCGCAAGUUCCUGGGACGAUGUGCAGGCAGAGUGCCGUGUGUGCUUUGAUCGAGAAGCAGACGAAGGCCCAGUCUGCGUCCGAGAAGUGGCAUCAGUUUCGGACUGGACGCAUCACAGCUUCAAAUGCAGGAGCAGUGUUUGCUACAUCAUUGACUGGGCCAUCAAGGAGCCUGCUGAAAAGACUCUGCUACCGGGAUGA